GAAAACACCAAGUACCCCAGACUUCGGUAAUACUCUCGUUUCAAUUCACUUGUCCAACGCCAAUGGCGUUCUCAGCGUUUUGUGUAUACUUCACUUGUGCCUUCGAGUUUUUCUAAACCACAAUAUCGGUACCAUACGAGUAUCAAUACCGACCUUGCCCCAGGCCAGGUGCCGUCAAUUGAUCUACAAGCUGCACCAGGGCUGCCCUGAAUCUGGGGAAGGGGUUGAGGACAGGGGGUUUCUCCGGAUUUUCUCACCAGAAAGCCGCUGGUCGAACACAGGAGACCAGACACACAGAACUUCUUUUGGAAAUCUAUCAACACCCUCGCCAACCACCAAAGGAGUGCAAGUAUAUAUUACUGGGCUUCGGGAAUACUCAUACCAACUGCACUUCUACCUCACGGGUGCGGCCGGUUCUGACGGAACACGCCUACAUACACGGUUUGACCGGCUCUUUGCGGAGUAAGUAAACGUUUUCUAGAUCAACGCCAAAGACGAGCAUUGCACCAGCAAAAGUCUCCCAAUAUCUCAAAUCGUCUCUACAAUGUCUGCCGACGGCCAAUCCCCCAGAAUAUAUCAACCUAAGCCUCGGAGGCCCUUCGAAUACAACGGCGCUCCUCAUCCUCCACCAAGUCCUCUCCUAACUCCAGCACAUUUCGAGAAUUCACUUUCUCGGACACAUUCGAUCCAGAAUCUUACUUCCUCAACUCUCAAGGGCAUAUACUCAACCGAUGGCUACGAAACAGACGGGGAGACUGAGCCACCCACGCCAUGGGGUACAGACCAAUAUCCCCUCCACUCUCGCCCUAUUGAUCCCCCGCCUAUACGAAAGAUCCGCAGAAAAUCUGUGACUCCCCAUAUCUCUCAAUCAGCAAUAAUAUUAUCGUUUGCAUGGCGGAGCACACUACUGUUUGUGACGGGUAUGGGCUAUGGAGGAUUGGUACGACAGCUACACGACGACCAAAAGCUGGCUCCGUUUCAGAUUGAGGGGAUCAUAAAACCAAUGGACAAUUGGAUAUACCUCGUGCUUUGGGGAUUAGCUGGUAUAUUUUUAGGUAACCUGCUACCGUAUAUUGAUACUCUUUUUUGUUCGGAAGCCCCUCUCAAGACAAUCAUACCACCUUCGGUGAGCACAGGUUUAAGUCCUGAGAGAGCUAUACAAGAGCAAUUGAAUUCCGAUGAAUUAGUGGGUACGGACUGGCAGCCGGCAAUCAGAAGCGUCGGAGCGUUUAUGGGGAUUGCUUUUGCAAUUGUAUGUACCUCAAUUACCAAAUUUAGAAAUGUGCUAAUCUUCGCAGCGAAAACUCCCUUGGGCAUCAUCCCUCCAAGCUUCUCUCACCCUCUUUCUCGUAAAUCCAGUUCUCUGGUAUCUAGUCGAUCGAUCCAAACCCGGAUUCGUACUUUCGUCUGCCGUUGGGGCCACCGGAACCGCUUUAUUACUUGCCUCGAAUCCAGAUAUGUUACCGAGUCCAACCAGAUUCGGUCUUGGAACAAACGAGUCGUUACAGAACAUGGAGAUUUUUGGGGACCUUGAUAUCAUUGGUAUCAGCGAUUACGUUAGCCGAGAGAGUGUCGAAGGUGGCAUUUGGAUUCUCAGCGUGUUAUUUUGCAGCUGUGUGUGUUUCGGCAACGUCGGAAGACGACUUGCUCUUUCUGGCUCUGGACCUACGAAGACUCAGAGAUGAGGAUGUCUAGUUAGCUGUUUUCCUACUAUCUCCCUCCGAGAUGGAGCUUGACAUGCUGGGUUGUAACUUUACAAUUUUCACUUCUGCGAAAUUUUCUUUCAUUGGUUUAGGUUGAUUGGGUUGGAUUAGGCAGGAUAGGGUAGGGGACGGUUUAUGGUUAAGCGUCAUGGUUCAUCAGGUGGACGGUUGGUUACAUUAAGAUGGAUGAAUCGGUUUAGGAUUCGGAAAAGGUCGCCUCCCGUAUUUAUAGGUUGAUAGCGAGGUAACGAGAGUAAAGCGUUGUACAAUUCAUUAGUCCAUCUAUAAAACAAUGCACUUGUACCUAUGCUUUUGAAAUGGCUUUUGAAAUGGA